CCAACGGCCUCUUCAAACUAUCUCCUGCUUGAGCCAUCGAUCUUCUUCCCCAGAGCGGCGGCAGCCGGCAGGGACCCCCUUUUUUCGCUUCUCCCACCGCCCAGGCGCCCACCGCUGCCUCCUUCCUCUUAGCCUCCUCCCUCCGGCGGCUUAAGUUUUUCCCAUAUCCUUUUAGUCCCUCCCGCUUUCCUCGAGUCCUCAGACAAUCAAAAUUUUCUACAAUUUUCACAACCUUUUGCCCCCUCCCUACUGGUGAUCAAUGGAGACCGUUGCAGCACCAAUCCCUGAUUUCGGCGCUGCUCCACCCGAGCAUAACCCUAACCCGGCCGAAGUCGAGGUUUUGAGGCUCCGCGUCGACGAAGUCGUCCAGAAGGUCGAUAAGCUGGAGGAGAAAGUGAACGAGGUGGAACAAUUCUAUACGAACUUGAGCAAGAAGCAGCAGCAGCAAACGGGUUCGAAAGGGAGUUCGGUCGUGAAAGAGAAAGAGAAGGAAAAGCAGGUUCUUAGCAUUAGGAAGCAGCAGCAAGACGCUUCCAAGCGGGAAGCUGCGGCUGCUAAGAGAAUGCAGGAGCUUAUGCGUCAAUUUGGAACCGUUCUUAAGCAGUUAACGCUGCACAAAUGGGCGUGGCCUUUUAUGCAACCAGUGGAUGUGAAAGGUCUUGGCUUACAUGACUACUUUGAGGUCAUUGACAAACCGAUGGACUUCAGUACGAUAAAAAAUCAGAUGGAAGCCAAGGAUGGUACUGGUUAUAAGAAUGUCAGGGAGAUAUGUGCGGAUGUGAGGUUGGUUUUCAAGAAUGCAAUGAAAUAUAAUGAAGAAAGGAGUGAUGUUCAUGUCAUGGCAAAAACUUUGAUGGACAAGUUUGAAGAGAAAUGGUUGCAAUUUCUUCCAAAAGUCACCGAAGAGGAGAGAAGGAGAGAAGAGGAGGAAGCUGAGGCUCAGUUGGACAUGCAGCUCGCCCAGGAGGCUGCUCAUGCUAAAAUCACUAGAGAUUUGAGCAAUGAGCUUUAUGAACUUGAAAUGCAUCUUGACGAGCUUAGAGAAAUGGUUGUUCAAAACUGCAGAAAAUGGUCCACUGAAGAUAAAAGAAAGCUAGGGGCAGCCCUAACAAGAUUGUCUCCUGAAGAUCUCACAAAAGCACUGGAGAUCGUUGCUCAAAAUAACCCAGAAUUCCAAGCAACAGCCGAGGAAGUGGACCUGGACAUUGAUGCACAGGUCAUUAUUAACCAUAUUUAAUAGUAUUUUUUUCAGGUUACCCCGGCGAUUUAACAGUUUCAACAUUCUUCAUCUCAUGCAGAGUGAAUCUACGCUGUGGAGGCUGAAGUUCUUUGUGAGGGAUGCUCUUGAAGCACAAGCUAAAACUGCACCUGCUAGCACUGGCGGAAAUACCAACGACGAGAAGUUGGUCAACAAUAACAAUGUCACCAGCAACAACAAUAAACGUAAAAGAGAGAUUUGUGAUGCUAUUGCUAAAACAGCGAAGAAGAGGAGCAAGAAGCCUUCUUGAUGGUGGCUAGGAAAGCUUUAAGUCAUUUGUACAGAGAGGAGUUGCUUGAAGGAGGAGAAAAGCAACGAACCAAAGAUGUGUCUAUUGUGCGUAGACUGUUUUUCCUCUUUUUGUUUCAUUUGAUCUUCUAGGAUGUAACUUCGUUGCGGGAGUUGCAACUUCAGCUGAUUCUUUUUUCUUUCUAACGAUAAAAGGGUAGCGUUUCAUAGUUUCAUUUGGGAAAGAAACGCCUUAGCAAACUGUGAAUGGAUAGAAAGGAAGCACCAAAUUCUUCCCACUGGUUUUGGUUUCGGUUUGUCCAGCCUAAGGUUACGAUUACUUGGGAUUGUUUAAGGCAAUUCAUGUCCAAUUGAACAUAGUAUGUUGAACAGUUUGAAG